ACCCAGGCUCUGCGCCAAGAAGUAUGGCGCCUCACCUCCGUGGCAAGAUGCCCGAAGUUCCUGCAAAAAUCACCAUGCCUGAAGCCCACCAUUCCAGUGCAGCAAACGUGGUCCCUGUGAUCUUUGAACCUCUGUCAUCAAGUCCUUUACCAAAAGAGAAGAGUGUUGUUACGUCACGCAAUGAGUGCCUAACGCCAAGUUCAGCUCAGCAAGGCCCUGAUUGUCCUUCAAAUUUGGCAACUACACAGUGGAACACUCCCAGCCAGAAGAAUGUGGCUCCAAAGCAUCCAGCAGCACAAUGUGGAGAAAACAAGAACUUCCCCAGAACAGGUGUUGAUGAGAGUAGCACCAUCGCGUAUGCAGCAGGUACACUCGUCACACUGUCGGCUGACGGCGAGAAAGGCCCGUAGAAGAACAAAAUCCCACCGUUUCAGUGAUGGUGUUCGUUCUGAAACUCAUACCCAUAUGUGUAUUGUGAUACUACCCGUUGUCUUGUGGAUAUGCACAUGAACAACUGCUGUUAGCCCAUUAACCUGGCAGGUUUCCCGUCA